AUGGAUACGACAAGUUACCCUGGGGAUGAUUCUACUCCAUCAAGUAAUCUCCCGGAGCGCCCCACCAAACGACCUCGUAAAAAAGCACCCAAGUCCCGAAACGGCUGCGCACGGUGCAAGAAGAGACGCAUUAAAUGCGACGAGAAACACCCAGCAUGCGAUAACUGCAUCAAAUUUGGUUGUCAGUGCCCGGGGUUUCAGCAAAAUCUUCGCUGGUCGAAAAAGUAUCAGCGAGUUGGGAGACCUUCGGCGGUUGAUAACCCCGAGGAAACAGUUUACCCUUCUGCUGUUGUGGCAUCCUCAAUACAACAGGCGGGCAAUGCGGACAAUGAGCUUGUGCCCCUAGAUUCAUCUAAUACUUCCCAAAAUGAUCUCAAUGGCUGGAGUGUCGACGAUGAUCCGUCCACACUACCCGUAUUCCCAGAUUCUUGGCUAUUCACACUAGAAGACUGUGGAGUAUUCCUAGACCACGAUGGGAGUCCAGAAGAAGAGACUACUUCGGUCCAGGAUGGUACCUUGGCUGUCUUAAAUUCACCUAAUGGUUCGGAUGUGACAACAAACCCGGCAAUGUUACGAACCCCUACCCACCUCUCGACGAUGUUGAUCGAGCAUUGGUUUGCGUAUGUUUGCCCACUAUGGUCGGCCUUUGACUCUGCAGUCAGUUAUAGUCGGCAAUUAGCCCUAAGUACAUGGGGUUCAUCGAAGGCUGUCUUUUAUACAAUGCAAGCCAUGUCGGCAGCCUAUAUAUCGGUCACCAUGCCACAUUUUGACGAGACUCUACACUCGCUAAAAUCUCUAGCGGUUGGUGCAAUUGAAGAGGAGACUCGCCUGGUGCGCAGAUCUCCGUCGCCUAAGGUCAAGGCCGAUCUUGUUUAUGCGGUAUUCACCCUGGGGAACUCGGUCAAUUGGACUGCUUCGGGAAUGGACGAGAAUCCAUGGCUGGGAUCUGCUCGCGAGCUGAUGUCGAUGUGGUCACUGGACAUGUCCAUUUCAGAUGCUCCAAUACAUGCGUAUUUCUGCCAAGCUUUGACGUAUUGGGAAAUGCUUCUCGCUGCCAGAGGAUGUGGUUCUGUACCAGGAAAGCUAGCAAAAAAGCGACAGCGCUAUUAUGCGAAGAUCCAACAAGCGAUGGGCUUAUCCAAUUCCAGCGAUGACAACAACAAUGACCCUUACGGGGAACCUAUUUACGGACCGGGGCCGGCUAUGCCAGGAACCGGAACCAGGCCGAAUUCAUGGUCUGGGGUGUCGAAUGAGGUUAUUGAUGUUUUUGGUCAGGUCCUGGCUUUAUGCUAUCAUGCACAUCAUUCCAGUCGCAAGAGCCAAGGAAACUUCAACACGAAGAGAGCAACUCUAGGACUUUGUGAUGUAUCACUGGCACAUGAGUUACAACGAGAUUUGUUGAACAUGGACUUCGAAUCGCUUAUUCUCAUAGACGAGGUGCACGGAUUUCCCGUUCAAACACAGGACGACAAUACACCAAUUGCUCAUUUACUACAAACUGCCGAAGCAUAUCGUCAAGCUGCUUUGCUACAGCUGCAUCUUUCAUUCCAUGAUCUGACGAUGACAUCAAAAAACACGUUGUCGGGAUUGACAGAGGCUCGCCCUGGUAAUAUCGGUGAUACAGUCGUGGGAGAUGGAGAAUCUCGAAAGGAGGAUAUUCUUUCCAUGACGCUCCACUUGAUCAAUAUCCUAGAACGAAUUCCUGGCCAAUCAGGCUCUCGGUCACUUCAUCUCAUGCUUUAUCUCUCAGCUGUAGCGGGCCUUCAAGUCGAUACUUCAUUUGUCGGAUAUCCUGAAAGCAAUCACGGGCCUGAGGGUCGAGGUGCAGGUGAUCGAUAUCAUGGUCCCGCUACCUCAGAACCCUUCAAUAGAAUGAUAGCAGUGGACGCCGGUUCACAAGAUCUCUUGGGCUCGAAUACUGCGGCUUCCGUCGAUAGAGUCGUUACACGAUCGACUUUGGAGGUAUCCCGAGCUAGACAAUUCAUUCUCGCACGACUCGGUAGCCUCCGACAGACACUCCCUCACAGGAGGGUGGACAGUACCAUAGAAUUCGCGAAAGAUAUCUGGAAACAGUACGAUACUCAAGGCUCACAGCCUUAUAGUAUUGUUUAUUGGCUAGACGUUAUGACCGAGAAAGGCUCUAGGGUGACACUUUGGUGA